AUGCGGGACAAGAAUGGCAAGUCAAUUCUGCUGCUUAUUCUCCUGGACCCCAGCAAGUUGCGACACACUGGUAGUUCCAAACCAACCAAAAAGGCCACCGAAUCCAAGGAGGCCGCGAGCGUUGACUUUGAACUGCCAAUUCAGCCUGAUCCUACCAUCCCGCAUAUGAGCGAGCUUGAACCCGAGAAACUUGAAUGGAUGCGAGAUCUGCCACCAAUCGCCAAGACGGGUCCAUCUGUUAGUGUAAGUGCAAGCAAUAAACUGCUCGUAUUUUUACGACUCGAGUCUCCCAUAACCAAAAUAUAA